AUGGCGGAAGACGCUCCUCAGGUGCAGCGCGGCGUUCGAUUCUGGGGCGUUUUCGCUGCCCUCUGCGUUCUGGCCUUCAUUUCGGCCCUGGAUGUCUCCAUCAUAGCCACAGCGCUGCCCAAGAUUACCGCCGACAUAGGCGGCGGUUCCCAGUUUGUCUGGAUCGCCAACUGCUUCGUCAUUUCCUCGACUGUCCUCCAGCCACUCUUCGGUCAGAUGGCCGACAUCUUCGGCCGACGGUACCCUCUCGCACUCUCCAUUCUCGUCUUCGCCCUCGGCAGUGGCAUCGGUGGCGGCUCCCGCAAUGUUGGCAUGUUGAUCGCGGGCCGCACCGUCCAGGGCGUGGGCGCUGGCGGUAUCUACGUUCUCAUCGACAUUGUAUGCUGUGAUUUGGUGCCGCUUCGCGAGCGAGGCAAAUACUUGGGCAUGAUGUUCUCCGGAGCCGGAGUAGCUGCUGCUCUUGGCCCGCCAGUCGGUGGUGCUCUGGCUGAGGCGGACUGGCGUUGGAUCUUCUGGAUGAAUCUGCCCAUCUGCGGCCUUGCCCUGGCACUGCUUCUCGUCUUCCUGAAGCCCCGAGCACGAUCCACAGAUGUGCCCUGGACCACGGCCGUCAGGGAGCAGGUAGACUACGUAGGAGCCUUGCUUCUCAUCCCCAGCCUUUUCGCCGUCUUAUUCGGCUUGAUCAUGGGAGGAGUACAAUACCCAUGGUCCUCCUGGCGCGUCAUCGUGCCCCUGAUCUUGGGAGUCCUUGGAUGGGCUGCGUUCCACCUGCAUCAGCAUUUCAUUGCAACACACCCGAGCGUGCCGUCACGCCUGUUUGCGAACCGAACCUCAGCGACGGCGUUUGUCCUGACGUUCCUCUCAUCUAUCCUCAUCCAGGCCACUACAUAUCUGAUACCCGUCUACUUCCAAGGAGUGCUCAACACGACCGUUUUACAGUCCGGGACAUACUUUCUGCCCUAUGCAAUGGGCGCGCUCUUCUCGGCGGUCCUCGGCGGCGCUUUGCUGAGUAAGUUUGGUGCGUAUCGUCCAGUCCAUGCUGCCGCCUUCGCCAUUUCCGCCAUUGCUUUCGGGCUCUUCACCUUGCUUGACUCUGGAACCAAGACGGUGGCGUGGGCCUUCUUCCAGCUCAUCGCAGCCGCUGGGACGGGCAUUACCAUGUCCACCAUGCUGCCUGCUAUCAUGGCAGGCUUGCCCGAAUCCGACGUUGCCCUUUCAUCGGCCGCUUACAGUUUCGUCCGCAACUUUGGUCUCAUCUGGGGCAUCACCGUCCCCGGCAUCAUUUUCAGCUCGGUUGUCGAUAUGAACCUGCACCGCAUCCCGGAUGCACAUCUGCAGGAUUCGCUCCGUGGCGGAGCCGCGUAUUCAUUUGCCAGCCAAGCCCACGUGCAGCAAGAUGAAUACCCCCAAGACGUCUGGGACCAGGUAAAUGACGUUUACACGAGAGCUUUACGAGCGGUAUGGUGGUUUACAAUAGGCAUAAGCAUUUUGAGUUUCUUUGCUGUAGCAGGCGAGGAGGGCUUGGAGCUCCGGACCGAGCUUGAAACGGAUUUCGGCAUCGACGAGGAGAAGGAGCCUCAGGGUUCAGCUUCCAGCCGAGAGAAUGGUCAGGCCAGUUAG